AAUCCCUGUAGCUCCUUAAACCCCUACUGCUUUUCCCCUGCCUCAGUCUCUUACUUUUUCACCCUUCCGUUCACAAAUCUCCACAGAAUUUCUCAGAAUCUGAUCAAAAUUUUACUCAAUUUUCUUUAAUUUUACAUUUCUCCUUGCAAACCCUGUUCGAUUCGUUCUUAGCAUAAUCCAUUUCUAAUCAUUCUUUCUUUCUUAUUCUUUAAAUUUUUUGUAGGAUCCUCAAGAGAAAAUGGAACCGGAGAACAUUGACUGGAGCAGCAUAGAAUCCGUGUUCGUCGAAGAUGAAACUUACGAGAACUUCGAAGCGCCUAAGUGGGUCGACCUCUCUUCCCCAGAUGAGCUCAUGGAUGAUGAUCAAGACUGGUUCUGCACUCCUGAUUGCAAGCAUUCGAAGGCUGCUGAAGAUUUUGUUAAACCGGCACGUAAUCUGAAGGUGAAGCUUAUGAGAUCUUUAACCAUUUCUGAAAUCCUUCCUUUUAGGGAAAGGAAUCGAAGGGAUAUGAAAGCAAAACGGACAAAUUUACCAAAUAUGAAGAACGAAAAUUCGAAUUCUUUUAGCAAUGUCCAUGAAGAAAGUGAGAACAAGAAUCCCAAUAUCCCAGCUUCGAUUCCGCGUUGCAAAACCAAAUCAAAGAAAGCUGCAGUGAAUCCAAGCAGUGAGAAGAAGAAACAAGUUGAUGAGUCGUCAUUUCAAGAUUCAUCAAAAAAUGGGAGGAAGCCGCGGCUAAAGACUACAUUCUCCGCGAGUAAUUUGCUUGGCGGGCGCGAAAUCUUGAAUCAAAUCACAGAAUUUUGUACUGAAUUGAAGAAAUUGGCACGAAGGGGUUCGAGAAAAGGUCGAAGAGAGGGAGGUAGUUUGAAGAAGGAAAGCGUUAGAGAAAGGAUGCCUCUACUUGUUAAGGAAGCGAAACUCUAAGCAAUUAUUCAUAUAAAAAUAUAUAAUUUACUAUUUAGUUCGAAA